AUGAAGUUCGCCAAAGAGUUAGAACAGGAGCUGGUUCCUGAAUGGCGUGCUAAAUACCUGGAUUACAAGACCGGCAAGAAGAAAGUCAAAGCUAUCGCUCGGGCAAUUCAAAAGGCCAAUCGAAGUCCUCGGCAUCCGUCUCUCAGACGUACAGCUAUUGGACCUGGUGAUCAGACUAUUACACCCUCUGGCACGUUUCACUCCUCGCCUGGUCAAACCUCAGACAACAAGAGACUCGAAGUUUCCAAUUCGUUCCUCAGCCCGUCAAUCCCGAUCCGGGGCGAUGCCCAUGCGGCGACGACGUCCAGAUCGACUCCUGGCCAACGCGAUGAACGUCAGCCCUUGCGAGUCCCGGGAUCGCGCUUCUCCGCGGUCCUGGGAAGUUACGGCAGUAUCAUAGCGUCACCCCCACAACAUGGCGCAGCUUCGGAUUUAGUCUCUCUAGAGCUCCCUGACCCAGCACUCGAUCCGAAGGAUGAUAUCUCCUAUUCGCCCCCAACAGACACAAUACGUCGAGGUGUACCGAAGACCCCAUCGCCUGUGAUGUCUCGGCGUGACACCAAUCGAAGUCUGUCUCAUGAUGCCGCCAGUAAAAGUCCUGCCGCAAAGUACGCGGGGAGCAAGGGAAGCUUGAGAAACAAUUUGGCAGGACCUUCCACUACGAGGGCUUCUCAAAUACUUAAGCGUGUCUUCUCGCACCCAGACUGGGAACCGCCCGAGAAACGCGCGGAGACUGACACUCCAGUAUCAGAGGUCGAACGACGAGAGGAUGAAUUUUUUGCGUUUCUGGACGGCGAAUUGGUCAAGAUCGAAUCUUUCUACCAGAUGAAGGAGGAUGAAGCCACCCAGCGCUUACAAGUCCUCCGACAACAGCUGCAUAUCAUGCGAGAUAGGCGGAUACAAGAGAUUUUGGGCACCAAGUCAAAAUCCAAAAAAGAUGAAGCGCAUCAGUCGAACGGGUUCAGCACACUGAAUGCUCUCAGUGCCUUUCACCUGAAGGAAACAUUGCUGGGGCGUGGUCGCAUCGGGAAGAAUUCCGAAGCGCUGGCGCAGAUGAACACGCCGGCCGCACUUCAAGCGCAGAAUCCCGAGGCAGUUUCGGGUCGUAGAGACUUCAUGCGCCGGCCAGAGGACUCACAGAACGAUGAAGUUACCUAUCGGUUUGCGAAACGGAAGCUGAAAUAUGCACUCCAAGAGUUUUACCGCGGCCUUGAGCUGUUGAAGGCGUAUGCCUACCUCAAUCGCACUGCCUUCCGGAAGAUCAACAAGAAAUAUGACAAGCUGGUCAAUGCACGCCCUACGAUGAGGUACAUGUCAGAGAGAGUUAACAAAGCGUGGUUCGUUCAGAGUGAAGUCGUAGAGAACCUGAUGGCUGCUACCGAAGACCUAUAUGCUCGCUAUCUCGAGCAUGGCAAUCGCAAAAUCACCAUCUCCAAACUUCGCCAUACGAUCAACAAGUCGGGCGAUUAUUCUCCAAACACGUUCCGUGCCGGUCUUCUUUCAAUGGCUGGUGUCUUGUUCGGCAUCCAGUCGUUGAUCUACGCCACGCGGCACCUUGAGCACUCGGACCCUAGUGUACAGGUCCAAACCAGCUAUCUACUUCAGAUAUAUGGCGGUUACUUUCUUAUUGUCCUUCAUUUCCUCCUCUUCUGCUUCGACUGCAUGGUCUGGACUAAGACUAAGAUAAACUACGUUUUUGUCUUUGAAUAUGACACGCGGCAUGCUCUUGAUUGGCGUCAGUUGUCCGAGCUACCUUGCUUCUUCAUGUUCAUGCUAGGCUUGUUUAUGUGGCUUAAUUUCCUCACCAUAAAUUCCAUGUAUGUCUAUUGGCCUGUUGUCCUGAUCGGCCUCACAAUGAUUAUUUUGUUCCUGCCUGCGCGUGUGUUAUACCACAGAAGUCGAAAAUGGUGGGCAUAUUCCAACUGGCGUCUUCUGCUCGCUGGUUUAUAUCCUGUUGAGUUCCGCGAUUUCUUCCUUGGCGAUAUGUAUUGCUCGCAAACAUACGCUAUGGGGAACAUCGAGUUAUUCUUCUGCCUUUACGCACGUCACUGGAACAAUGCUCCACAAUGCAAUUCAUCCCACUCCCGGCUCCUAGGAUUCUUCCAGUGCUUACCAUCGAUUUGGCGAGCAUUGCAAUGCCUCCGACGUUAUGGGGAUACGAAAAACGUAUUUCCACAUCUCGUGAAUUUUGGCAAAUACAUGUUCGGAGUCCUUUAUUACGCCACAUUGAGCAUGUACCGUAUCGAGAAGAUGACGCGGUUCCAGGCUCCCUUUGUCACUUUUGCUUUGCUCAACGCCGUCUAUACCUCAGUUUGGGACUUGAUUAUGGACUGGAGUUUGGGCAAUCCCUAUGCCAAACAUCCACUAUUGCGCGAAGUUUUGGCAUUCCGAAAGGUUUGGGUCUACUACGCCGCGAUGGUCGCCGAUGUCAUCAUACGUUUCAACUGGAUUUACUAUGCUAUUUUUGCCAGGGAUAUGCAACACUCAGCUUUACUGAGUUUUAUGGUCGCCCUGUCUGAGAUCUUUCGAAGGGGCGUCUGGACGAUAUUCCGUGUGGAAAAUGAACACUGUACCAACGUGCUCCUUUUCCGAGCAUCAAGGGAUGUUCCUUUGCCCUAUGAAGUGGCUUCUCCCGAGGUCGAAGUGGACCGUCCAGGGGAGGAUUUGCAGCUUCAGGAUCAACACGCCACCACACCUCUGCCCGCUCCUGCAGACAUUGAACAGGGAACGCCAAUUAUACCAGGGCUGACUACUCAUCCGCGCGGCCUUUCUCGCGUUGGUUCGCUUAUGGCGACUGCUCACGCCCAAGACUUCGAGCGGAGGAAGCGUCCAGAUCAACUGACUGGGGCUUCUGCAACCCAUGGCCCGACAACAACCGACGACACAAGCGACGAAGAGGAAGAUGAUCCGGUUGACCCUAGACAAGAUACCGACACAGAUGAAGCUGUGUCAGAACGCUUGUCAGAUGCAAACGCUCAAAUAUGA